GAAACGCCAGUUUGUCCUCUCUCAGAAAGCUAGCCAGGCUGAAAAUGCUACUGUGGACCAUGAUUAUGUGGCACAUCCACCCGCAGCUGCACUUGAUGAAGCUCUGGAUUACAUCAAGGAGUUGGAGGCCAGACUUCAAAAAGUGGAUUUGUCUACCACACUUUUUAGCCGCUACUGUGCCUCUGAUGACCAGAUCCGAUUCUACACCAAAUUUCCAUCUGAUUGUGUGUUCCGGAUCUUCUGGGAGUCCAUUGAUCGAUGAGUUCCUGAUGUACUCAUUCAGGGUAGCAGUGGGCAUGAAGGAGCAGCUCAUUGCUGACAUGUUUCAAGUCAGCAUAGCUACUGUCAGCCGAGUGACCAUCACUUGGGCCAACUACCUCUUCACUGUGUUCUCUUCCAUCAACCUGUGGAUUAGUCAUGAGAAGGUAAAAGCCAGUAUGCCUCAGAGAUUUCUGAAGUUCUCUCCAAAUGUCCGUGUCAUCUUGGACUGCACAGAAGUUACUCUGGAGACGCCAUCAUCCCUCACCUUACAGUCUGAAACGUUCUCAGCCUACAAGAACCACACCACUCUGAAAGGGCUGAUCGGAGUUGCUCCCUGUGGGUUGGUGACAUUUAUUUCAGCAUUGUACACAGGCUGCAUCUCAGACAAAGAAAUAACAAAGGUCAGUGGAAUCCUUCCUCUGCUUGAGCUGGGAGAUGAAGUCAUGGCAGAUAAAGGAUUCCUCAUUGAAGACCUCCUUCAGGAAGUUGGAGCCAAACUCAUCCUUCCACCAUUCAGACAUCCUGGCCAGUUCAGCAAGAAAGAGACAGAGGAGACCCAGACCAUUGCUCACCUGCGGAUCAUUGUAGAGCGAGCAAUCGCUAGAGUAAAGUGCUACCACAUCUGGAAUUCUCCGGUGCCUCUCACUUUAAUAGGAACUGUCAAUCAAAUCUGGCACAACUGUUGUGUUUUGGCUAAUUAUCAAGGCACAUUUUGUGUUGCUGACUAAAUUAUUUCUAUAUGUUAAUUGUUGUAGU